UCUGGGGGCUCAUUUUACUUCCGGCGCUGGUCGGUGCGGGUGCUUCCUCACAUCGCUCCGCUCGUAUCGGGGUUUAUCCGGUGUUUGUAGUGGUGAUGUCCAGCCUGGCCGCUCAGGACGCUUAUCUACAGGGCUUGGCGAGGAAGGUCUGCACACAGAACGCCCCGGAGUCUAGGAAAAGGAAAUUCUUGUCGAAGCCAGGCCAGCCAGAUGAUGCUGACAGGAAGCUGAAGAAAAAGAAGAGAAGGAAAUCCAGGAAGCAAGCUGAGAAAACAGAGUUUCCUGCAGUUAAACAAGGGGCCUCUAACACCAAUAAGCUUAAUCCAGGACAGAAAGCAGCUCCCCAGGCCAACAAAUCAUCUCCACUGGGUGUUAAGCAGAACAGAAAUGAGGGUUCUGUUAUAGGUGCCAAAAGUGAACUUGGCUCUAGUUCUUUUUCUGCAAUAAACCUCUUGCGUCAGAGGCUACAUGAGAAGAUUAAAGAAGCUUCUGGGCGGGAUGAUACCAAGGAAUUACCCCCUUCAGUCCUGGAGAAGAGGCAAAGAAGGAAGUAUGAAAAAGAGAGGAAAAAGCGAAAAAGAAAAGAGUUAAAGAUGAAGGCAAAAGCGGUGAAGGAAGAAACCGAGGAGGUACCUAUAGAGCCACAAAGCAAAAAGGAAGAGAUCACAACUGACAUAGUCUUCAACAAGAUCAAAGUGCACGAAGACAAUGAGCUGAACAAGAUCCAGAAGAAAAAAGAGAAGAGGAAAGGAGUGAAGGGGAAAAUCACUCCUCUGACAGGUAGGAAUUACAAGCAGCUGCUGAAUAGGCUGGAGAUACGGAAGAAUAAGCUGGAGGAGCUGAAGGAAAAGGACCAGAAGAAAGCUCAGGAUCUGGAGAUGAAAAUGAAGUGGACGAACGUUCUGUAUAAGGCAGAAGGUGUGAAGAUUCACGACGACGAGACGCGCCUGAAGGAAGCUCUGAAGCGCAAAGAGAAGCGUAAAGCACAUCGCCAAAAGCAAUGGGAGAAGAGAACAGAAAAAGUGGUAGAAAGGAUGCAGCAGAGACAGGAGAAACGUCGUAAGAACAUUCAGAAGAAGAAGAAGGAGAAGAUUGAGCAUAAAAAAGCCAAGGCCAGGAAGAAGGGCCGUGUUCUGCCAGAGGACUUGAAAAAAGCUGGUUUGUAGCUGCCCACGAGGCAGCUGGACUGUGGUUAAAGGCAGCUGAUGGGAUUCUUGUGCCAGUGUUUAAUGGAGCUGUACCAGCACAUCAGUCCCAGCCUGGAAUUGAGAUAUAGGGGUGUCAUUAUCACCUCUUCCUAAGUCAAUAAUAAAAACAACAAAACCUCA